AUGGCCACCAUGCAAUUCUUCACAGGCGCGCCCGGUUUUGUGGAUGGUAAGGAAAUCAACAAAGCAGACAGAGAGAUCACAGAAAUGUCACAGUCGCCGUUGUCUCCUUCCGAACAUGACCAGACCAAGUCCAUUGGCGAAACCCCUCGGCUUGACACCCCCGAGAACCUCCAAGCCGACCUCGAACAUCUCUGUCUCCUGCAGACCUCUGCUCCUUCCUCGUCUUUCCCGCCUUCUGCCUCCUUCCACCUCGCCCCCGAUGCCCUCGGUCGCCUCGAGCUGCUCCUCGCCCAUAUCCGCGUCGCCCGCUUCUCCUACGACUUUGUCACCCAGUCCGCCUAUAUUAUGAUGGUCGAGACCACGAUACACAGCCAGUGUAACCGUGCUAUUGGAAUCCUCCUCGAGAGCGCUAUUGAGCAGCUUGCUGACGCCGUCACUGCUGCUGCUGCCGCCGCUACUCCUGCUACCGCAUACGGGCCUCAAUUGGGCCACGAUAACGACGACGGCACCGAGAACCAGAACGAGCAGAACGAGCAGAACGAAUCCCUUCAUAUCCUCUCCAGACGCCUUCGACAAGUCUGGAGCGACAAUGCCGUCAGAAUCGUCGUUCCCAACAAGCUCAAGAAGGAUCCCGACAACCAGUUCAUCGAUGAUGGGGCCGCCUCCCCUAUUCCUCCUUUCGUUGUCGAAAUCUCCUACAGCCAGUCGCUCAAGGACGCCAUGAACAAGGCCGAGCUAUACGUGGAGCACACCAACGCUCACAUCCGGACGGUCCUCAUCCUCGACGUCCAAUACCCCAACAUCUCGUCCAUCCGUGUCCACCUGUUUGCAACGGAAAUGACAGCCGCUGGCCGACCGGUUCUGCACGAGGUCCAGAGCCUCACGCUGUUCGAUUUUGCUGAUGCCACCGCCGCCGCCGAGCAGGAUCACGACGCUGCCGCCGGUAUCGCUUCCCCAAACCCUGGCCCUCUCCGCCUGUUUGCUUCCGACUUUCUCUCCGUCGAUGCUCACGUGCCAGCCCGGCUGAAGCGCCCCAUUCCGUUUGAGGGCCAUGGAGACGAAAUUGUGCAGGUUGAGAUCCCUUUUGAGAGUCUGCGCGACACUUGCCUCAGGGCCCGAGAACUACAUCUAAAGAAGCAAGAGAAAGCCCAGAACUUCUGGUAG